AAAAAACAAUUUUAUUUUCAUUAAUUUUUUUCUCUGUACAAAAACUUUUCCUCUGUUUCAUAAUUUCAAUCAUAACUGUAGCUGAAUCACUUUUAAAAAAAAUCUAAUUAUUCUUUCUUUUAGAAAAAAAAAUUGAAAACUAUUUUGGUGAUUGAGUUGAAAUUGAAAACCCUAAUUCCCAAAUUGAAGAAGAAGGUUUUGGUUAAUGGCGGUUUCAACUAUAGCUUUAUACGCGAGUCCACCGAGUAGUGUUUGUUCAGCACCGUAUCAGAUUAAUUCUCACGCUUCUUAUGAUUUCGAAUUUGGAUCUAGAUCUUCAUCUCCGGCGUCGACGGCGACGGCGUCGACAUCGGCGAAACCGGUGAUAGGAGGGUUAUCGUGUUUGUUUUCAUCACCGACGGUUGUGAAGCAUGUUCCGUUAAGUUCGAGUUUUUCCAGUGGAGGUGAAGAUGAUGAAAUGAAGGAACUGAGUAGUUCAUUUUCGUAUUCAUUUUCAUAUUCUCCAAGCAAGUUUGGAUCUUCAUGGAAGAGGGAUCAUCAGAUUCAGAGUCCAGUUUCUGUUUUUCAGUAUCCUGUUUCGUGUAGUAGUAGCAUGGGUGCAUCUCGGUCGACGGCGAAGAGUAGUACUGGUGUGUUUGUGAGAAGUGCUUUGGGUUCUUCUUGUUUAGAUUAUGAUUCUACAGGUGUUCGAUUUCGCGGUGGUGAUGGUGGUGUUGAUGAUUUGACUUUUAAUUUGGAGGAUACUUUUGUGGAAGGUUGCUUUGGAUUUGAGUUUGAGCCUUAUGCUAAGAAGUUGUUGAUGAGUGCUCAGUUAAGACAUAAGAUCUUUUGUGAUGAGUUUGUAAUUAAGGCCUUUUGUGAAGCUGAGAAAGCACAUAGAGGACAGAUGAGAGCUAGUGGGGAUCCGUAUUUGCAGCAUUGUUUGGAAACAGCUGUGUUGUUGGCUUUGAUCGGUGCGAAUUCCACUGUAGUUGCUGCAGGGCUUUUGCAUGAUACACUUGAUGAUGCUUUUCUUACUUAUGAUUAUAUAUUUGGGAUGUUUGGAGCUGGAGUUGCUGAUUUAGUUGAAGGGGUUUCUAAACUGAGUCACUUAAGCAAACUGGCUCGAGACAAUAAUACGGCUAGCAAGUCUGUUGAAGCUGACCGCCUGCAUACAAUGUUCCUUGCCAUGGCAGAUGCAAGAGCUGUUCUCAUUAAAUUGGCAGAUCGACUACAUAAUAUGAUGACACUUGAUGCAUUGCCGGUUGCCAAGCAGCAGAGGUUUGCAAAGGAGACUUUGGAGAUUUUUGCACCUUUGGCCAAUCGCUUAGGAAUAUCUAAUUGGAAGGAACAAUUAGAAAACUUAUGUUUUAAGCAUCUCAACCCAGUGCAGCAUAAGGAGCUUUCGUCAAAGCUUGUCGAAUCGUAUGAUGAUGCAAUGAUUGCUUCUGCAAUUGAGAGAUUAGAGCAAGCACUCAAAGAUGAAGGCAUUUCGUAUCAUGUCAUUUCUGGGAGGCACAAGAGCUUGUAUAGCGUUUAUAUCAAAAUGUUGAAGAAAAAACUAACAAUUGAUGAUAUCCAUGACAUUUAUGGGCUGCGCUUGAUUGUUGAGAAGGAAGAAGACUGUUACAAAGCCUUAAAUGUUGUUCACAAGUUAUGGUCCGAGGUGCCUGGAAAACUGAAAGAUUACAUAAGUUUCCCCAAGUUCAAUGGGUAUCAGUCUCUGCACACUGUGGUGAUUGGUGAAGGCAAAGUUCCUCUCGAAGUACAAGUUCGAACAAAAGAUAUGCAUUUGCAAGCAGAAUUUGGAUUUGCCGCUCAUUGGAGGUACAAGGAAGAUCACUGUCAGCAUUCUUCAUAUGUGCUUCAGAUGGUUGAGUGGGCUCGAUGGGUUGUCACCUGGCAGUGCGAAGCAAUGAGUAAAGAUUCUACUUCAGUUGGAUAUGUCGAUUCAAUCAAGCCACCUUGCAAGUUUCCUUCGCAUGCUGAUAAUUGUCCAUAUUCUUACAAGCCUGAUUGCGGGCAGGACGGGCCUGUGUUUGUUAUUAUGAUUGAGAAUGAUAAGAUGUCUGUUCAAGAAUUUUGUGCAAACUCAACAGUACUAGAUUUGUUGGAGAGAGUCGGGCGAUCAAGCUGUAGGUUGACAACAUACCGGUUCCCUCUGAAGGAAGAAUUAAGGCCAAGGCUGAAUCACAAGCCUGUAAGUGAUCCAAAUUGCAAGUUGAAGAUGGGAGAUGUGAUCGAGCUUACACCGACCAUACCUGACAAGUAUCUGACAGAAUAUAGGGAAGAAAUUCAACGAAUGUAUGACCGCGGGCUAACUGUAUCAAGUAUGGGAACUACUGCUACUGCAAGCAACAUGGUUGGCACUGGUUAACCCAUUCACAACUAUUCCGACAUUUCAUUUAGUCACAUUUAUGUAUAUAGAUAAUCUGUACAGAAAAAAAAAAAGUAUGUUACUGUUAUGAACUUGCUAACUUGAUUCAAUUAUGCUGUGAAUGAUUGAUUUAUGUAGUUGGGCCAAUGGUUUAAGUUCUAUUUUGUAAAUCUUUCCUUUAUGAAAUAGUUUUUAUCA